AUGUUUUAAAUAAAUGCUCGUGUAAAUUUUUUGUUUGUUGAUUAACUUGCUGAAGUUGGGUUCUCAAUUAAUCAUGAUCCAAUUUAUGAAUAUACUAUAUAAAUUCUGGUUAGGAUCUAAAUCAAGCAAUUUUAGUUUGGUUUUCUAAAUUUUAACAAUACUUAAACAAUAGAUGUUUUAAUGCAAAAAUAUCAUAUGCAAGUACAUGUAUAAUCAUAAUACCUAUAUAAAAGAGCUUUUAUUGAUGGUAAUAAAUAAGCAAUUUAAAAAAUGACUUUAGAAGGUUUUAAUGAGAAAUGGAGUGAUGGUAAUAGAUGCAAUUAAAAGAAAUUCAUUCUUAAGUAAUUCCUUCUAAAAAAAAGUUUGUGUUUCCUUCGACAGCAAAUACUUAGAGAAAAAUAUGUUGUAUUUUCAGACUCCACAAAGCAUGAAUUAGCAUAAGCUGAAUUUUAAAUAGGUUGUUUGGAUUCAGAUGUUUUCUAUAAUUUAUGUGGAUAUUGUUAAAGUGAUACAACAUCUUAAUUUUUUGAAACAAAAAUAAACAUCUGGGACAAGGAUCGGAUAUCCUAUUGUAUUUUAGUAUAAAGGAAAUAAUUAUUAAGAUGA